GCGCCGGGGCCUCUCGUUGCCGGACGGUUGGGCGCCACCGGUCGACGAAAAACUAUUAUCCUGGGACUACUUUUGUCGGCAGCCCCAGCGCCGAUGGACAUCGGCGGCCAUCUUCGUCGGCCUGCUCCUGGGCUCCGUCGGCGUCAACCUACAGCAGCUCUACCUCAUGAUUCCCGGCGAGAUGCAGUGCGGCACCUUCUUCCCACCGUCGACGACAAAAACUCUACUCCCAUCCCUGAGAUCGCUACGCCUGCGCUUCCCCGACCCCAAUGCCGGGAGUAGCCACGAUCUGGGCCAGGUCGCCAGCCUGUUGGAGAGAGCCCCCAACCUCGAACUCCUCGAGGUCAGCAGGUGCCUUCGGACGCCCCCCGGGUUGGCCCUGGGGAAUCUGAAAUGGCUCAAGCUCAACUUGUCGGUUCUCACCUGGGGACAACUGACACAGCUUGCCGCGGCAUGUCCGAAGCUUGAGGCGUUCAUUUCGCACGUUCCCAAGCGCGGAGCUCGGUUUCCCGGGGACCUUUUCGGCCCUGGGGAUAUCGUUCGAGAAAUUCUCCCAUGCAAGGACACCCUGCGCCAUUUUGAGAUCAGUUUCGGCGGGCUGGCCUGUGGAUGUUUUAUGCGGGAGCAAGCGAUAACAUCCCUGAAAGAGUUUGCUAAUCUGCAGACUCUUGUUUUGGAUUGUGCGUGUCUCUGCUAUGGAGUGAUAGGAAAGCCCUCUGUACAUGCCGAUUUGUUCAUCGAGACGCUGCCAGCCUCGAUCGAAACCAUUUUCAUCAAUUUUACCCACCAUUGCAUGUACAAACCGAUACUGACUCUGGCAUGGGAACUACGGAAUGGCACAUUUCCACAUCUCAAGACGUUCAGGGUAACCCGCUCCAUCGCCGGAUUCACCACCGACUCAUUUGGGCCUUUAAAAAGUGCAAUGUCGGAAAGCGGUGUAUUGUUCACGAGUAUGGAUUCUAUCAAGUUUAACCUACGAAACUUCUAGUGUCGAUAAUCGUCCUUUCAGAGCUUAGGAAUUGUACAUAAUAAUUACGGUCUGUAUAGAAUAAAAUAGCACAAUUCUUCUCAGCAU